GCCGGCAGCGCGGGGAAGAUGGCGGACACGGAGAGCGGCGUGGGGAAGCGGCCUCGGGGCGCGCAGGUUGAGGACAGGAAAGUGGACUGGCGACGCUGGAAGCAGGAGAGGAAAGCAGAGACGAAGAAAUGGAAGGAGAUUAAACUGCUGAAGAAACUGGACAAACAGCGGAUGCGAGAGCUGGCAGAACAAGAAGCCCAGACGCAGGAGGAGCAGAAGGAAGACAGAGGGCGGCCGCACACGCUGAGCGUGGCCCUGCCCGGCUCCAUCCUGAACAACGCGCAGUCCCCGGCGCUGCGCUCGUACCUGGCCGGACAGAUCGCCCGCGCCUGCGCCAUCUUCUGCGUGGACGAGAUCGUGGUGUUCGACGAGCACGGAGAGGACGUCAAGAGCGUGGAGGGGGAUUUUGAAGGAAUUGGGACGAAAGGCAAGGCUUGUGUGCAGCUGGCUCGGAUCCUGCAGUACUUGGAGUGCCCUCAGUACUUGAGGAAAUCCUUCUUUCCAAAACACGAGGACCUGCAGUUUGCAGGGCUGCUCAACCCCCUGGACAGCCCCCACCACAUGCGGAUAGACGAGGACUCGGAGUACCGGGAGGGCGUCGUGCUGGACCGGCCCACCAAGCCAGGCAGAGGCUCCUUUGUCAACUGUGGGAUGAGGAAGGAGGUGCAGAUUGACAAACAGUUGAACCCUGGUCUGCGAGUCACCGUGCGCCUGAAGGAGCCCCAGAAUCCAGAGGCCAAAGUGAGGAAAGGCACCGUGGUGUCCUCGCAGCACCCCCGGGCAGUCUCAGGCUUGUACUGGGGCUACAGCGUCCGCCUGGCCUCCUGCCUGAGUGCUGUCUUUUCCGAGUGCCCAUUCAAGGAAGGUUAUGAUCUCUCCAUUGGCACCUCAGAGCGGGGCAGCUCCGUGGACCAGGUCACUCUGCCCUCCUUCAGGCAUGCCCUUGUUGUAUUUGGAGGCCUUGAGGGCUUGGAAGCUGGGGUUGAUGUGGACCCAAACCUGGAGGUCACCGACCCAAGCGUCUUGUUUGACUUCUACCUGAACACGUGUCCCAGCCAAGGCAGCAGAACCAUCCGGACUGAGGAAGCGCUGCUGAUCUCUCUGUCUGCACUGAGACCACACAUUGAGGAGGCUGUGAAGACACCCAAAGACACCUGAGGGAAGGGAAACCACUGACCUUGCCCUUGGGGAGGCAGCUCUUCAAAUGUGGGGUGCUGGGCAGGUCACUCCAGGAGCCUGGAGAGACCAAGGCACAGUGUGACUGGAGCUGGCAGCGCUGCCCAGCUGUGCAGACCCAGGGACCCAGCACUGGAGCUGUAACACCUCAGCCCUGGAAGGGCAAAGGUGACCAAGAUCAAAUAGAGACUCCUUUGGAUACAGUGGUCUUAUGGGUGAGACAAUGGUCUCACCCAUAAGCAUUUGCAGGCUCAUGUUAAAG